AAAAGAGGAACAGAGAUGAUCUUCAAUGCUCUGGAGAAGGCCAAGAGGAAGUUUGGCAGCCCUUUGACCACCCCCUCCCCCUCCAGCCCUGUCCCACCCACCAUAGAGGACCAACCCCCACUCCCCCACAAAUCCCUCCCUGAGCUCCCACCAAUCGACUACGAUGAUCUGGCCGGGGCGGGGCCCCCUACACCCCUGAAACCGGCCCUGGUCAACAGUGUUGACGUUAGGCAGGCGUUUCCUGUGUUGGAGAGGAUAGCAGGGGACGGGAUACCAGACCUGUUGGUGGCACCCCCUCCUCUCUCGAGGAGGUGCCUUCCGGAGGCCUCCACCCUGCGACCCCUGCAAGAGAAACCCCUCCGAUUCCCCACCAUGAACCUGACCUCCCAUGCUGGGGAGAUUCCUGCUCCUCUAGAGUUCUCCGUAGCCGAUCCUGCUCUUGACGUUCCCGAGUUUGAGGAUGUAGGGUCGGAGCUUCUGAAAUUGGAAGCCCGAGAAAUCCAGCCUGCAGACUUGGUGGAGAGAGAGGGGUCAGAAUGGGGGGAUGGAGAAUAUGGUGACAACAUUCCAGAGACAGUGCUUCUGAAGCAGGACAUUCUGGAAGAGGGGGAGGGGCUUCCAGAAUUCGAGGACCACAGAGUUCCAGAAUCAGAACCGGUGGUCGAGGUUCCAUUGGAGGUUCGGGUGGAGUUUAUCCAAGAAAUUGUCCCUGCCUCCCCUUCCAGCCAGGACCCCCAGCCAGCGGCAGGAUCUGCUGCAGAAGACGGCACCUAUGAGAGCUAUGACAAAGCCAAUGAAGACAUGCCCUCAGCCAAACAGAAGGUCAAGGGUCAACCCACCAAGAAGAAGAAGGAACCAAAGAGUAAGACACAGGCACCUUACAACCCAUAUGCUGAGACUCAGCCUCCGACUAAAGGAACACCCAGGGCUGGCUGGUCUUUUAAGAAGCCUGCUCCGGAAACCCCAGAGAAGAAAGAUCUGAAGAAGAAAGACAAACAACAUCUGGGGAAGGACAAGAAAGAACAGAAAGAGAGAGAGAAGAAGGAGCAGAAAGAGAGAGAGAAGAAAGAAAACGAGAUGAAGACGUUUAAGAUAACAGGUCAGGAGGAGGCUAUAUAUCAGGCUACAGUGACGGUAGCAUCUAAAGGACGGAAGAACGACCUGGCUUUGAAGAAUAGAGACAUCGUCAGCAUCAUACGGACCACAAACUGCCCCAAAGGAAAAUGGCUGGUCAGGGACAGCACUAAUACAUAUGGGUACGUCUCAGUGAGCCAGCUGGAUCUGGACAUUAAGGAGAUGUUGAAGCUGGGGAAGAAGGCUUCUCAUUCCAUCAGCCAUAAGGACAGCAGUACUGUGGUACAACAGGGAGGAGAGGUGGCCAGGAUGGGCAGCAGGACUUCCAAUCACUACCCACUGCAGGAAGAUACAGGCAGCUUUACAGACGAUAGUGAGGAGUGGACGUAUGACAAUGAACCUCUCUCCUUCCCCAAUGAGGAAGAUCCUACAGAGAGCGGCCACAUCCAAACCAUGUCCAUGACGGUUUCUCCAGGAAGCAGAGAGCUUAGCAUCCACCACCAACAAACACACAAUGACACCACCAUAGAUGGCAUGGAUAUUCAGGCGAAACAUGAAGCACUUCAGAAGCUGGCCACUUUCUUCCACAAACCUGUUGUAGAGGAACCCAUCAGGAGAAGACAUGAAGAACCUGAAAAAAAACCAAUCAGCCCCGUGGAUAUAGAAGAACCAGUGUACCCAUGUAAAGUGGAAGCAGCUUUGGAGCUUCUAGACAUGAUGGUUCUUCCUCCUCCUGGCCUGUUUGCAGAUGACAAUCAAUGACGCUUAGUAGACUACCAUCUACAGUUGGAGAGCAGAGGAACAACGAGUGCCAGGCAUCUCCACGACAAUCACUCAGAUAACGGCGACACGAAGGAUCGUUGUUUGGACAACCUGCCAUUGGAUGGACUAUUUCUCUGUUAGAAUAUUGUUUAGGCCAGGAUUCAAUCCGAGAGCUCUAGUCAACAAUGCAGAUUUUUAAGGCAAUGUUACCGUCUUUGCGGAGACCGCAUUCAAGAUAAAUGCUGCAGAUGUCGACUCAAUUGGAAAUUAUCUUUAAAAUGUCAAUAACGCUAUAGGGUUUCAGAUUGAAUCUCUUGUUUUGAUGUCCAUCCCAGGGUUAUGGAGGAUGAGACGAAAGAUACAGAGAGAGCAGUUCUGUUUAUACUAAAUGUUCAAUAGUUUUAUACAAAGACAAUUACGGGAUACCAUGCAUAGUGUAAUGUCUGUUUACAGGUGUUUGUGUUUGGCUAGAUGACAAAUCAACAGUCUGUAUCCAGCUACUGUCUGUGUCUAAAAUGACAGCCUAUUCCCCAUGUAGUGCACUAACUUUGACCUAAGUGACACAGGGUUAACCACAUAGGGCUCUGGUGAAAAGUAAUGCACUACACAGGGAAUAGGAUGCUUGCCAUACCGUAUGAGAUGUCUGCUUUUAUUUCCCAUUAAGUAUUAGAGAGAGAGGGAAGUAAUUUGAUGAUGUAACCUUUAGUUGAAGUCCUGUUCAUUUAGCUACCAGCUCUGCUAGUUGUGAUCUGGCGAUUUAAUAAAAUACGCAAAUCAA